AUGGCUGAAGAAGAUAUUCCACAAAUUUUCCAAAUACCCGAUGAUUUAUGCAGACGGGCAGGUAUUGCAGCUACUUGGAGAACUGGGAAUAAUCUUGGAGUAUUUGCUCACAAGCAUAUCAAUGUUUAUUCUGGAGAUAAAAAUAGUAAUUUUUACCCGUGUGAUAGUCAAGUGCAUUUUCUCGGACCAGAAAUAAUAUUAUUCAACUCAAUACUCCGUAAAUUAGUAAACGAAAGUAACGGUAUUUUUCUUUCAAUAAGAAAAAUCCAAAAGUCUAAUUUCAACGAAGUGAGACCAGAACUUGUACGACACAGCAAACAGUACCGUUCUAUUUUAAGGGCUUGCGUCGAAAGUUUGCAAGAUGCAGCUGAGAAUAUUUCUGAUGAUCGAGAACUGUAUGAAAAUUUUCUCACUAUUUUUUACAAUGUUGAAUGCGUUUGGCACUUGACUGAAAUUUUGUACAUUGAUACCCUCCCAGGCGACGUUGUACUUCCUCAAUUAUUAGAAUGGGUACGUUUUCAUUUUCCAUCCCGCGAACUGGCAGCGCUAAAAAUUUUAUCGAAGAAAACAAUCGGCGCCGAAUUAGAGAACAUUAAUUACUGGGAAGCUGUAAUAGGUUGUGCUCUACAUGGUAAAUUAGACAUUGUGUGCGCACUUUUGUCUUUCCACACAAAAGCCGAUCAUCCGGCUUUCGUAACCGCUACUCAAGCUCUCAAAACAAUGCCAGUUUACAAUGUUUACGGUGGGUACUCUGUUAAUGAAUUUACAAUGCGCUGGAAGCACUGGCAAUCCGAUUUGAGCUCAAACCUCGAGUACAAAACCUUUAUUAUCGAUCAUAAUUUGGAAGAGCUCAUGAGAUUGAUAUCUGGUGACGAAUCAACAUUGUGGGAAUUCGCAAAAUACACAGAAGCGUGGUACGAACUUGUUGCUGCGAAAUUGCUCUACUCGUCGCCUUGCUGCAAACAACCAGAGCUUGCGCAACACGCAAAUAACAUUGCCGAGCGCUGGCAAGCUGGAAGAAAUUUAGAUCACAUUAUUCUCGCUCUGAUGGAGAGCGAUUUGUACAAAGUUAUUGAACAGAUACAAUAUAUGAAUGACAAUGGUUGGUUUGCAGCUCAUCUCACUGAUUUACUGUACAGUUGCGAGAAACUUAAAAUAAUGGAUGAAGAACAAGCAAAUGUAACAGCACAAUUACACGAGUCACUUUUGUUGGAUUACGGAAGUACAUUAUUCAGUCACUCGUCACUUUGGCAAUGCGGGGCAAGUUAUCUCGAGCACUGUCCAACAUCUGGAUUAGCUCGAUUAGAAGCAUUAUUGCAAUCCAUUCCUAUGGGAAGUGAAGCAAGAAUUAACAAAAUAAUUAAUGUUGCUCGUAAUAAUGAUUUAAUUAAUGUUGUGAGAAGUUUGUGUAAAAUACAAGGAAUGAAAUCCAUUAGACGCGGAAGAAUAGGAAAUGCUUUAGCCUGGGCUAUCAAAGCGCAAGACGGUGCUUUUGCUACGUACAUUGCCGAUGAAUUUCUUAAACAUUAUGUUAAUGAAAGUAAAAUUCAGUGCAAAGAUCUUUUAGAAAAUUUAGGAGCUUCUAUGUUGACCAGUGACCGUUUAACAUUUUUAGGAAAAUACUGCGAAUUCCAUCAAAUGUAUGAAAUAAGAGAAUUCAAAGAAGCCGCGCGAUUAUUAAUCGCUCUGAUAAUUUCAAAUUUGACACCGAAGUAUUUCUGGUCAACACUGUUGACAGACGCGAUUCCACUUUUAGAAAGUGAUGAAGUAUUGUUUUCAAGCGAAGACACAUCCAUACUAGCACGCUGCGUCGAAGCACACGGUGACGACCCCAAAUUCGAAGAUAAACUUGAAAUAUUCCGGUUAGCGGUCGCGAGAAAUCUAGCACGUGCUUUGAAUCUCGAAGGCUGCGAAAAGGAUUAA